AUGGAGGCAAGAGGUUCGGCAGCUCAAUCGGCCGACACCGUCAUGUCAGAGGCGGCCCCACCACCGGCACAAGCCGACUCUACCCACCCACAGCAACAGCCUCCACCACCGCAUCCGGUCAUGCCCGGAGUCGAGAGCAUUCCUGCCACGCUGAGCCACGGUGGCCGAUUCAUUCAGUACAACAUCUUCGGCAACGUCUUCGAGGUCACCGCCAAGUACAAGCCCCCUAUCAUGCCCAUCGGUAAAGGCGCAUACGGCAUCGUUUGUUCUGCUUUGAAUUCGGAGACGAACGAGCACGUUGCGAUAAAGAAGAUUGCAAAUGCGUUCGACAACAAGAUCGAUGCGAAGAGGACUCUGAGAGAGAUCAAGCUGCUGCGGCAUAUGGAUCAUGAAAAUGUUGUUGCAAUUAGGGAUAUAAUCCCUCCACCGCGGAGGGACCAAUUUAAUGAUGUUUACAUCGCAUACGAGCUAAUGGACACUGACCUCCAUCAAAUCAUUCGAUCCAAUCAAGCACUCUCCGAGGAGCACUGUCAGUAUUUCUUAUAUCAGAUCCUCCGCGGAUUGAAAUACAUUCACUCCGCAAACGUUCUGCACAGGGACUUAAAACCUAGCAAUCUUCUCCUAAAUGCCAACUGCGACUUAAAAAUAUGUGAUUUUGGACUAGCUCGAGUCACCUCCGAGACUGAUUUUAUGACUGAAUAUGUUGUUACAAGAUGGUACCGUGCGCCAGAGCUUCUGUUAAACUCUUCAGAUUACACUGCAGCUAUUGAUGUAUGGUCGGUCGGUUGUAUUUUCAUGGAAUUGAUGGAUAGGAAGCCAUUGUUUCCUGGCAGAGAUCAUGUGCAUCAACUUCGUCUGCUUAUGGAGCUGAUUGGCACCCCAUCAGAGACUGAGCUGGGGUUUUUAAAUGAAAAUGCUAAGAGAUAUAUUCGGCAGCUUCCUCCGCACCGUCGACAGUCAUUGACUGAGAAGUUCCCUCACGUCCAUCCUUCAGCUAUUGAUCUUGUUGAAAAGAUGUUGACAUUUGAUCCUACAAAGAGAAUUACAGUUGAAGAUGCCCUAGCUCACCCCUACUUAACAUCUCUCCACGACAUCAGUGAUGAGCCUGUUUGCAUGACUCCCUUCAGCUUUGACUUUGAGCAGCACGCACUGACUGAGGAACAGAUGAAAGAGCUGAUCUACCGAGAGGCACUUGCAUUUAACCCCGAGUAUCAGCCACAAUGA